GUUGAAGUUUCACUGUUUUUAUGAGGCAAUUUAUAAAAAGGUUUAGGCUCAAUUAUCACCAUUUUCCAUGAAAAUCAAGAACUCAUUUUCAAGUUUUACGGUGCGAAAACGACCAGGUGGGUGCACACAUAAGGGAUUCACCCCUCGAAUGCACCCCUGUGCAAUUCGGGCGGACCGAAGCCGAAUAGGGCGGAGGGCGAGAUAUAUACAUCGAAAAGCGAGUUCAUCGGAUGCAUGUAUCGAAAUUAUUGAGAGAUGACGAGGAGUUUGCGUGCGCCCCAAAACCUCUUCGCUUCCACGAAUCGAUCCGGGCGUCCCAGCAUCCCGACCGCUGGAACAUAUACGAACGACGACGAGUAACGGGAUCAAAGAAGGGGGAAGGGCGGCAGUUAACAGUGGAACGGUGGCGUCGUCGGACGUCGUCGAAACGUGAAAAGCCGGCGUUUUCUCGUAGUGCUCGUUCGUCUUUUGCGGUGAGGUGGUGGUGAGUGAGAAAGUGGUUCAAGCAGGAAAAAUAUGGUCCAGAAUGAAAGAGAAACUGAUCGUCUCCGCAGCGACGCUCACGUGCCUCGGCCUGUUGGCGUGGAGGGCGUCCGUGGACCGUUUCGGGGCGACCCCGGCCCGCCCCACGUCGGCCUACAGGCGCCACCUCGCGGGGUACAACUACAGCCACCCCAUGGGCCUACUACCAGCUAACGACUACCACGCCCUGCUCAAUUACAGCUUCACCUUCGGCAUUUUACCGAGGCGGAAUUGCCCCGGCAGCAGUUUCUUGUUGUUGGUGCUGGUGCACUCGUCCCCGGACAACUUCCGGAAAAGAACGGUGAUCCGGGACACGUGGGGGAGUAAACGCGACCCGGAUUUCCGCUUGUACUUCCUUAUGGGCCGAACGGGGAACUUGACGCAAGAAGUUUUGAUCAAACAGGAGGUGGAGCGGCACGGUGACAUCGUCCAGGGCAAUUUCCUGGAUCGCUACCGCAACUUGACCUACAAGCACGUGAUGAGCCUGAAGUACGCCCUCUAUCACUGCCCGAGGGCGAAGUACGUCCUGAAAACAGACGACGACGUGUUCGUGCACGUGCCCCAGCUCAAUCGCUUUUUAACUCGGGAACUUUCUCCCUAUGGUACCAGCGGGCUGCUGUACUGUUCCCUCAAGAAAUCCGCGCAGGUGCUACGGACGUACCGUUCAAAAUGGCGGGUGGGGUUUGAGGAGUACCCCGAGAGGACGUACCCCCCGUACUGCCCCGGCUGGGCCGUACUCUACAGCCCGGACGUCGCUUUCGCCCUGUAUCGAUCGGCCCAGAACUGUUCCAGACUGUUCUGGAUCGACGACGUGCUUAUCACGGGAAUUUUGGCUCGCGAGAACAAUUUUACGCACACGGACAGCAGCGACCGGAUCAUUUCCAAAGAGGAUCAGAUCGGGUUGGUGAACGGGCUCCGGGUCCCGCAGAAACCUUUUCUGUUCGGACGACCGGAUUUGAACGAGAUAGAGAUCAGACGAAUGUGGGAGGGAGUGAGAGGAGACGUUGCUUAAUCGUUUUUUUUUUCUCAGAUAAAUAAAAUGGCUGUGUAUGAUGCAUUAAUGGCGCUAAUGUGGCCUAUAGUAUAUACUUAGUUAAAAUUCAGCGGUCGGCCUGUUUUAUAUGCGACAUUUGGGUCCAGGAAGUCGUACCUCGUUUAAAAUUAAGAAAGAAAUUUAAUUCACCUGUUAGUGCCAAAUAAAUGACGUUGAUAUAAUUA